UGUUCACGCGAUGCCAGGGCUGAGAAGGAAAUGCGAUUCGUCAGCUCCCUAGCUAGAUUCCAGAGGUGGAUUACACCCACGGUAACGGCAGCUAUGGCCGCGGACAAAGUAGCAGCAUCAUCAGGGAAGAGAGAAAUCGCGCCGGGCAAGACACGCAUCGGAUGGAUCGGCACUGGAGUGAUGGGGCGAUGGAUGUGUGGCCACAUCCUCGACGCCGGGUACGCGCUCACGGUCUACAACCGCACGCCCAGCAAGGCCCAAGAUCUGUGCGGCCCCGGCCAGGCAUUCCUGGCCGAUUCCCCGCUCCAGGUCGCGCAGCGCAGCGAUGUCGUCUUCACCAUCGUCGGCUACCCUGCCGACGUUCGCCAGGUAAUCCUCGGCCCGCUGGGAAUCCUCGAGGGGCUGGAGCCGGGCGGGAUCGUGGUGGACAUGACGACGAGCGAGCCAGCGCUGGCGCGAGAGAUCGCUGCUCGCGCGCUGGAUCGCGGCUGCCAUGCGCUGGACGCCCCGGUCUCGGGUGGCGAUCGCGGCGCCAAGGCCGGGAAGCUCUCCAUCAUGGUUGGCGGCGAUCUGGAAGUGUACACCGCUCUAGCGCCGCUCUUCCAGUGCAUGGGAUCGCCAACUUUCAUGGGCGCCGCCGGGAGUGGCCAGAGUUGCAAGCUGGCCAACCAGGUAACCAUCGCCACCACCAUGGUGGGCUUGGUGGAAGGGAUGCUCUUCGCGCACAAUGCCGGGCUGGACGUGGAGAGCUACGUGGCAGCCAUAGCCGGCGGGGCGGCGGGAUCAAAGUCCCUGGAGCUGUACGCGCAGAGGAUCCAGCGCCGGGACUUCCAGCCGGGUUUCUACGUGAAUCACUUCGUCAAGGAUCUGGGGAUCGCGAUCAACGAGUGCUCUAGGCUGGAUCUCUGCCUCCCGGGCCUCGCUCUCGCGCAGCAGCUCUACGUGUCUCUCAAAGCUCACGGCGAUGGCAACCUCGGCACGCAAGCGCUCGUCCUCGCGCUGGAGCGGCUAAACAACAUCCAGCUCCUCGACAAGAAGCCAUGAAUAGCUAAAGUUUGCUGCCAUGCCAGAUCGAUUCUUCCGUGUUUAGCUUGAGCUCAAGCAUGAGCUUUUGGAAGAUCGCAGGGAAUGUUUGCUCCUCAAAAGCGAGUUAAAGCCAGAAUCCAAGCCUCAAAAAUGGUCUUUUUCUCU